AUGCCCAAGGCUACCACUAAGCGCGGAGGAAAGGUUGAGCGCGUCAGGAGGGGAAAGAAGGAUCCCAACGCCCCCAAGCGUGGUCUCUCGGCUUAUAUGUUCUUCGCCAACGAGCAGCGUGAGAACGUUCGAGAGGAGAACCCUGGCAUCACUUUCGGCCAAGUCGGCAAGCUUCUUGGUGAGCGAUGGAAGGCUCUGAACGAGAAGCAGCGCGCCCCGUAUGAGGCGAAGGCUGCCGCCGACAAGAAGCGAUAUGAGGAUGAGAAGGCGGCGUACAACGCUGAUGCUGGCGAUGAUGAUGAGUCUUCUUAA